CAGUCAAAAAUUGCUGAUUCUGUCAAUGUACAACAGUGAAUCCAUUUUUAUGAUUAAAUGCAACCCCCAACUGAAAAACCGGCAACUAAAAAAUAUCAGACCCUCUUCAAUAACCAACCUCUUACUUGCCCGUGGAACAGUGCGCAACCAUAUCCGAAUGCUUCUAGCAGAAAUCACACAGAACCGUCAACAAGCUGCAAUAAUAAGAAUAAAGCAACUCCUACAAUACAACAAUCGUCGACUCAGUUUUUUUACUUUCUGAGAUUGAUGCAACUUUUUCCAGAAACACACCCAGCUACGAUUCACACAGUACUCACUUUGUGCAAUAACAAUUUUUUUCAAGCAGUAGACAAGCUUUUAUACGCAAAAAAAUGUAAAGCCUUGUACAAUAGAAAUCAAUCAAGUUACAGAAGAUCUCCAUAUGAACGGAGCCAAACUUCUGCUGGUCAUGUUCAUAGUGGUGUUUGCAGAAAGGAAGAAGUCAUCAACUUAAAGCAGGGCCAAAAGUUUAAGACGACGUCGAAGGUAUUUCAGGAGGAUUUAAAAAAGACUGAAUAUUUUUCUGGUAGAACUCAAAAUUCUACUUGUGUUGUUGAAGCACACUCAGAUACUUCAAAAUGUACCUGUCAGAUGAAUAGUCUUCAAGUCCCUCAAACUAAUACCUUAGUGACAGACAAUCUAAGUAAUCAAGUAACUGCUUAUAACGACCCAAUUUCUAUAAACACAGAAUUUAAAAACUCUGCUGAUGAUACGAUCAAAGUUAGAACUCCUGAAUUGUCCAGUGAUACACCGACUUCAGAUAGUUCUCCAAGUAAAGACAACAAAUGGGAAAAUUUAUCGGAGCUAUCUCCUGAGAGUCAGACUAUUAUAAAAAGUGAUAUAAUUAUUCUCAAGUAGUUUAUAGUCCGUUCUUUAACGGUAAAAUAUUGCAAAACCUCUAAAUUUUAAAGAACCGUUUGGAUUGACAUGAAAUUUGGCAUACACAUAGCUAACAAGUCAAACAAAAAAAGUGAUAUUGUGCCGAUAUGUGCUUUUGCCCUGGGGGUGGUUCUCACCCCCUCUUGGAGGUGAAAAAAUGUUCGUCCAAAUAAAGUCAGGAAAUGGAUAAACUGGCUAAUUUUAAGCAACUUUUGUUCUAUAGAGGUUUUUCACUAAGUCAAUACUUUUCGAGUGAUUUGGCAGUGAACAUGUUCAUUUUUUCAACAAAAUAACCACGCUUUUAGACGGUUUUUCGCAAAUAACUCAAAUAGUAAGUAUUUUGUCGAAAAAAUAUUCAUAGCAAAAAUAUAGCCUGUAAAAAUUUAAAAAAAUGGUGUAUUUAUCACGUUUCUACACCUAGUAGACGCAGAGUUAUAGCUAAUGAAAAAUAGGUUCAUAUUCGUCAAAUUCCAGAUGGAAUAAUUUAACGUGAAAUAACCAAAAAUGAUGCACAUUUCGGGGAAAACUCAUUACAAUUUAUUUAAAGUG